CGUUGUUUCGUGUGCCAACGUCGCACCUUGGACGCCGCCAUCUGUCAGUCAACCGCGUGCGCAGGUAGACACGGGAAACUUCUUUCUUUCUUUGUUUCUUAUUUCCCUACAUCCGUCCUGUCAAUAAUACAUCAACUCUUCGUCAACAUUCCACAUGUCGCAGAUGGGUCCCAUGCGCUUUUCGCCAUCAAUGUCUCCAUUACCCGCGUCACGUGUAUAUCGGCACUUCUCCCCCAUCUCUCUCUCCAAACGAUUCGCGAAACAUCAACCACACCUCCAUCCAAGAAACAACCAUAUAUUGCUCAACUAUAGCCUGAUUGUCACCCUCCCCGGAUACCAGAUGCCAUACAGACAGCACAGAGAUGCACUAUGCCAAUUUCAGCCGUGGCCCGGCCAUCUAUCCGCUAAACCCUAAUUCUCUUGCGUCUUCGGUUUGACAUUUCGCACCCACCUGAAACACGCACAUGGAGUUGCAAACCACGCACACACACACACACACACACACACACUUACAUCACCACCAUGAGCGUCAAGCUAGCCAGUCGUCUACAGGUAGACAGAUGCAGCGCCUUUUUUUUUCCUUUCUUUCUUUCCAUCGGAGAAAAAGAAGCAACCCAAAAAACGAUCUCUCUGUUACGGAAAUUUUCCCUUCCGUCUUACAUUCCCCAACUCCCUCCUCGCUAGUUAGCUCGUCCAACCUGGCCAAACUUUCUUUCGAUUCCGCGCAUAAACACAUAGAAUAUUAAAGGCCAAACUUUCUUUUUUCCCCUAAUUCUGCGCAUAAUACGCGUAUUCGUAUUUCAAGGGGGGGGGGGUCAAACUUUCUUUCUAUUCUUUCGCAUAAACAACAACAACAUGUACCUAUGUAUACAAGGACAUGUGUAAUCUUGAUACAUGCAACAUGCUCGCAUUACCCAACUACCUACGGCACUUACUCAGGUACCCUGACAUUGACAGAUACCACAAUGUUAUGUACCUAUCUAUGUAACUCUUCCCCGUGACAAGCUGCACGUUCAAAGCAACAACCCCAAUCAAAUUCCAAUUAUGCAUGCAUGCGCAAGAAAACACGGGUCCUUGCUUGCUAUAUACUCCUCUUUACCUUACCUCCCUCCCCUUCUCUAACCCCAUCUAUCCAACUUACCCCUCCCCUUAUAAAGAAAACAAAACCCUGCAUCUAUUUCAAUUCCUUUUUCUUUUAGUAGAGAAGCUAGGGCAUCAUCAACAAUAACAAGCUAAGCCAAGUAAACAUACAUACCUUACAAUUCUUACUUUCUAUUCUUAGAAAAGUCCAACAAGAGUUAUUUUUUCCACAAUGCUUUUUUUUUUUUUUUUUUUUUAGGAAACGAGUUAGAGAAUAUAAAGAUUUUUUUUGUCGAUGGAUAGAUAGAUGGAUUGAUGGAAUGCACAACAACAAACACUAAUAACCCUAAAAGAAGAAGAAAAAAAAUCUGAAAUCUCUAGUACUCUUCCUACAUAAUCCCUCCUCCUCCUCUUUUCUUCUUCUUCUUCUUUCCUCCUUGCUACUCUUAUUAUAUCUAUUAAUAAAUCUCUAA